UUUGAGUGGUGAUUUUUAGUUACGCGCGAACUCGCGUGUGUUCUUUACAUAAGGUUGAAGUGCUGUUGAGUGUUUUCCCCAGACGGGGAUCGGACGGUCGCGAUGACCGACCAUGGACUCAAGUGGUUCAUGGUGUUGUAUUUGGGGAUAUCAGCCGUAUCUGGGCAAUUUCUUCAAGGCAGCGUACAUAGAUCGGCGAACAGAACGGGACUCUACGGAAGACCGGACAAUCGCAAUUAUCCAAGGAGACCUUCGGGAGGUACAUACAGAAAUGGAGGUUACGACGACGUGCAAACCUCACAAGAAUACAGCAGCAAUACUCGAGUAGAGGUUGAGGAUGAAAAUGAAAUUGACGAAGAUGAGCAAGAAAACAGAGGGGACCAAGCUGCAAGCCAAGAGCUCUUCGGUGAAACUUCAUCGCCACGGUAUGACCAAUCGUACGAAUACGGAUCCAGAGGCUAUCCCGGAGGAAGAACUUGGGAGGCAGCGGGAGGUUAUGGCGGUAGAGCCUCCUAUGGAACAUCUCACGGCGGUUACGGUUCUGGAUCUGCAGCAGCUGGUGGUGAAUAUGGAUCGCAAUCCCAAGGAAGAUAUGAUUCAAGUUACAGCUCUGGAACAGGCUCUGGAUAUACCGGAACAGGUUCAGCCUCGGGAGGAUAUGUCGGAGCGGGUGCUGGCUCAGGAGGAUAUGCUGGAGCAGGUGCAAGCUCAGGAGGGUAUGCCGGAGCAGGUGCAGGCUCUGGAGGAUAUUCCGCAGGAGCAGUCUCCGUGGGUCGAGGAGGAGCCUCCCAGAGUAGUGGAUAUGAUUCAUACGGGUCCUACCCAAGCAGUCCAUAUGAAAACCGAAGACCGUACGGUAGCAGUUACGAUAUUAUCGAAGCUCCUGGCAGCGCCCUCGGUCCAAGAAACAUGUCUGAAAAAUGCAUUCCAAAGUGUUUUGCCGAAAAAGGAAACAGAGGUUUCCCAGGCCUCCCAGGUCGUAACGGCGAUAAAGGUAUCCGUGGAUUUCCAGGAGAUGAAGGUCUAGCAGGCGAAAAAGGAGAUAGAGGAGAAACUGGUCCGCAGGGACCUCGCGGUCCCAAAGGUGAUAGAGGAAAAACAGGUCUUCCCGGUUUCCCUGGUGUAAACGGAAUCCCUGGUCUACCAGGUCCUGAAGGACCUCCCGGUAUACCUGGAUUGGAUGGUUGUAAUGGUACAGAUGGAAGCCCCGGUCUUCCUGGUGCUCAGGGUGAUAGCGGUCCCAGAGGUUUUCCCGGACCACAAGGUAUAAAAGGAGAGAAGGGUGAGGCUGCCCACUGUGAAAUUAACUUAAAGGGCCAAAAAGGAGAACCUGGAAGAGACGGCGUUACCGGACCGCCUGGACAUCCAGGGCCACAAGGUCCACCUGGGUUACCCGGGCCUGCUGGGGAUAUUGGUCCUAGAGGUUUUACGGGCCCACCGGGGGCCAAAGGUCAAAAAGGCCAAAUGGGAGUGGGAUAUAGUGGAAUGAAAGGUCAGAAAGGAGAAACGGGCCCACCAGGUCAAAAAGGUGACUCUCCACUCGCUAGAUCGGAGUUCCACAAUAGAACUACCCAGAUCGGUCCUAAAGGAGACCAAGGUAUGAAAGGUGACCGCGGAGAUAUGGGUUUUCAAGGUCAAAAGGGAGACCAAGGUGUUGAAGGAGACUAUGGUAUUCCCGGAGCCAUCGGUAUGAAGGGAGAGAAAGGACUUAUCGGUCCACCUGGCCCAAGGGGGCGUGACGGCUAUGCUGGUCCACCAGGUCCACCAGGACAGAAAGGAGAUCGAGGAUUAGAAGGACUUCCAGGUUUACCCGGCAGACCGGGAUCUAAGGGAGAACCGGGACGUGACGGCCCUAAAGGAAAUUUAGGUUUAACGGGACCACCCGGGCCGCCGGGAGGUGGAAAAGGAACGCCGGGACCACCUGGACCUCAAGGUCCUAGAGGAUAUCCUGGUCCGCAAGGACCUAAAGGUACUGACGGUUUUAAUGGAGAUCCUGGGCAAAGAGGUCCACCUGGACCAGUGGGUGGACCGGGAGUGCCAGGAAGAGCGGGUCCUGAAGGUCCGCCUGGCGAUAAGGGAGACAAAGGUGAAUCUGGUUCAAUUGGCCAUCCAGGAGGAGAAGGACCGAGAGGUUUUCCAGGUUUGCAGGGUCCUCAGGGUCCUAGAGGAAACCCUGGUGAAAAAGGUUAUUCAAUAAUUGGCCCAAAAGGUGAUAAUGGAAUUCCCGGACGAGACGGCGAUAAAGGAAGUAAGGGUGAAAAAGGUUUUCAAGGAACUCGAGGAGCGCCUGGAGAUUCCCUUAACGGUAUCCCUGGAGACUCUGGUCCGCCAGGUCCCAGAGGUGAAAAGGGUAAUGCAGGACGACCGGGAAUACCUGGAGCUCCUGGAUCAUUUGGAGAAAAAGGUGAUAAAGGUGGAACUUGCAUCGACUGCUUACCCGGUCCGAAAGGUGACAAAGGAGACAGAGGUUUUGACGGCAGAGAAGGAGAUAUUGGACCUAGAGGACCUCCCGGCCCGCCGGGAGCUAUGGGUCAACCAGGACAAGUUGGUAUACCUGGUAUACCAGGAAAACCGGGCGCACCAGGUAAAGAUGGUACCGAUGGACCAGACGGACCUCCAGGAGACCGAGGAUUACCAGCUCAAGUCUCGGAAAGUUUAGUUAAAGGCAACAAGGGUGAUAAAGGAGAGCAAGGAUUAAACGGCAGGCCAGGACCGAUCGGUCCUAUGGGUGGCCCCGGACCCAAAGGAGAUAAAGGUCUGGCUGGAUUCCCAGGAGAAAAGGGAGAUAAAGGAUUAAAGGGUUACGAUGGUGCGGACGGAGUUCCCGGCUUAGAUGGAACACCUGGACAAAAAGGUCAAAAAGGAGAUAGUGUUAAAGGAGAAAUGGGUCCUCCAGGAUUUAGCGGAAGCCCGGGAGAAAAAGGUGAACCCGGAUUACAAGGUCCUCAAGGUAAAGCUGGAAGAUGUGCCGCUAAUAUUGUUGCCCAAAUGAAAGGCAGUCAAGGCCCUAUGGGGCCAAAGGGAGAACCGGGCAUACCUGGCCCACAGGGUUUACCUGGGUUAAGAGGCGAACCCGGUACGCCAGGACCCAAAGGAAAUACAGGACCAAUGGGUCCUCCAGGACCUAUAGGACGUCGUGGUUUAACUGGCCCAAGAGGUGACAAAGGAAAUGUUGGUCCCAUGGGCUUCCCAGGUGAUCGGGGAUUGGAUGGAGCCAGAGGUUUACCUGGUCUGAUUGGGCCAAGAGGCAUUAAAGGAGAACCCGGUAUUCCACAGGCUGGGCCUUCAGGGCCACCAGGUGUAAUGGGACUUAAAGGAGAAAAAGGUAUCCCGGGAUUCCCUGGUAAACCGGGACCCCACGGCAAUGACGGAUUACAAGGUUUAAUGGGAGAAAAAGGUGAUAUGGGUGUUGCCGGUUUAAAUGGUCUUGUAGGACCACCGGGACCUAAAGGAGAACCUGGUCCUAUUGGUCCAGCAGGUAUUCCUGGAAGUACAGGACCACCUGGUCCUCCUGGACCAAAAGGACUUCAAGGAUUAAAGGGAGAAUCUGGAAAACCAGGGCUUCCUGGUUUCCCAGGGCAAAAGGGAACCAAGGGUGAUUUCGGACCAGCAGGUUUACCUGGACUAAAAGGAGCUAUGGGACGACCAGGACCUUCCGGAAAUCCUGGUCUUAACGGCAGACCUGGUUUACCAGGAGAAAAGGGAGAUAAGGGUUACCAAGGACCACCAGGUCUUACUGGAAUAAUUGGAAUGCCAGGCGAGAAAGGUUACUCUGGACUUAAAGGUGAUAGAGGACCAGAAGGCCGUCCAGGCUUACCAGGACCUCCCGGUCUACCCGGUUUGAAGGGUAACGCCGGAAUACCCGGCUUACAUGGCAGAAAAGGAGAACCAGGGGCAGCUUCCGAGAAAGGUCAAAAAGGUGAACCUGGAAUUUCGGGUCCACGUGGUCGCGAUGGCUUGCCAGGAGCUCCAGGACCUGAAGGUCCUAAGGGAGAUAUUGGCUUACCUGGUCAAGGUCUGCCGGGUUAUCCAGGCCAAAAAGGAGACCGUGGUACACCAGGUUUCGAUGGAGCGCCAGGAACACCAGGUAAAAAGGGAGAUACAGGUGUCCCAGGUUUUACUGGCCCUAAAGGAGACAAAGGUCUACCAGGAAUUCCUGGAAGUCCUGGCAUGGAUGGAAGAGAUGGUCUGACGGGAUUAAAAGGUGACAGAGGAUUUCCAGGAAUUCCAGGUAUAACUGGAGAGAAAGGUGAUAAAGGUCAAGCAGGACUUAACGGAUACAAUGGAUCUCCAGGAGAAAAGGGCAUGCCAGGUCCUUUGGGACCAGAAGGUUAUCCAGGAAUUAAGGGAGAUAUGGGAGAAAGAGGUCCUCCAGGCAUUCCAAUUACAAUUAAAGGAGACAAAGGCGAACCAGGUCCCCCAGGAAUUAUCGGUAAGGACGGAGAAAAGGGAGAUAGGGGACUACCAGGGCCUGCCGGUAUAAAGGGAGAUAAAGGAGAUAUUGGUUUUCCUGGACUAAAAGGAGAUACCGGAUGGCCAGGACCAGAAGGACCAAAAGGCGAUCGAGGUCCGGCCGGUCUAGCCGGAUUGCCCGGACUAACGAUUAAGGGAGAAAAGGGACUUCCGGGACUUCCAGGUAAAAAUGGAAGAGAGGGAGCUCCUGGACCCCAGGGAGAAAAGGGUAUCAGUGGAAUACCGGGAUUAGUUGGAAGACCUGGCGUACCGGGACCUCCAGGACCUAUUGGACUUCAAGGAGCUAAAGGUGAUAGAGGCUUUGACGGUCGACCGGGACCAGUAGGACCUCCUGGCCCACCGGGACGCCCUGGACUAGAUGGUUUGCAAGGACCUUUGGGCGAGAAAGGAGAUCGAGGACCACCAGGGUUAAUGGGAGUGCCAGGCGAAAAGGGUGAUAGAGGUAUUCCAGGUGUACCAGGACCAGUUGGAGUGCAAGGUGAAAAAGGUGAUAGAGGACUUGACGGACUCACGGGACCUAGAGGCCCACCAGGACCACAAGGUUUCAAGGGAGAACUAGGUGCUCGUGGAGAAGUGGGAGCGAUUGGUUUGAUAGGUCUCAAAGGUGACAAAGGUGAUAGUGGACGGCCAGGCCUUCCUGGACCAAAAGGUAACGCCGGACUCGAAGGAAUGAAAGGAGCGCAAGGGUUAGAUGGUCGCCCGGGAGUAGAUGGAUAUCCUGGUACGCCAGGAGCAAUAGGUCCAAAGGGUGAUAAAGGAUAUCCUGGACCACCGGGAUCGCCAGGGCGCAUGGGUGAAAAGGGAGAUGCCGGUCUGGACGGUAGGCCUGGACUUGAUGGUGUCCCUGGUAUCGUAGGCCCGAAAGGUGACCAAGGAGAACCAUGUGUACAAACAUCAGAUUAUCUGACUGGAACCUUAUUGGUACGGCACAGUCAAAGCCGUGAGGUGCCUCAAUGUGAAGCCGGACACACGAAAUUGUGGGAGGGUUAUUCGCUCUUGUAUGUUUCGGGUAAUGAAAAACCACACGCCCAAGAUCUCGGCAUGGCAGGUUCAUGCGUCAGAAGAUUCUCAACGAUGCCCUUCGUAUUCUGCGAUAUAGACAACGUGUGCAACUACGCUAAUAGAAAUGACAAGUCAUAUUGGUUAUCGACCAGUGCCCCAAUACCUAUGAUGCCAGUGGAGGAAACCGCAAUCCAAGAAUAUAUUUCUAGGUGUGUGGUCUGUGAAACACCAGCUAACGUUAUAGCAGUCCAUAGUCAAUCCUUGUCUUUACCGGAAUGUCCUGGUGGAUGGUCUUCGUUAUGGAUCGGGUACAGUUUUGUAAUGCAUACUGGCGCGGGUGCUAACGGAGGAGGCCAAUCGCUAUCAAGUCCCGGUUCUUGCCUAGAAGACUUUAGAUCGUCGCCAUUCAUCGAAUGUAACGGUGCCCAAGGUCACUGCCAUUAUUUCUCGAACAUGUUGAGUUUCUGGCUGGCGACUAUCGAGCAAAGCCAACAGUUCCAGAAACCGCAGAAACAGACCCUUAAAGCUGGCAACGUCCGCGAUAGAGUCAGUAGGUGUCAAGUUUGUAUCAAAAACACGUAAGAUACGCUUUACUUUAGUUGAUAAUAGGCACAAUUGUUUCAAUUAAUAAACUGUUCAUAUUUACAUCUAAAAUCUAAGGCAAUGAACACUUUUACGUGAACAGUUAAUAAAUGCGCUAAUGUGUUCAACCAAUAAGUGUUCCUUCCGGAGUACUUGAUCGUCUGCUGUGAUAUGAGUGCCGGUAUCGGAAGAUCAAGUACUUGAUCACGUGGUCAAUAAUGUUGAUUUGUCCUAAUUUGUCAGUUUUUUUUCUAUAUGCCAUUGACAAAUGAUAAAUAGUUUUAACGGUAUACCGCUUAUAACUCCUAAUACUGCCGUGCCAUGGUUUUAACAAUAAAAAGCAUGUAUGUAUAGAUUCUUGUAUAGUAAUUUUAGGUUAAGUGUAUGUAAGUAUGGAAAACUUAAGUAGGUACCGACUUUUUUGGGUUUUAUUUAAUAGGUGCUUCUUUUAUAUAAAGUAUAUAUAAGCUCUUUUAUAUGGGAUUUUUUUAACUUAAAGUAUCACAUCCGGUUUAGUUUUUCUUGUUUCUGCAGUGAUUUAAAACAUGAUUGUACUAUAUUAACAUUCCUAUAAAUUAUCGAUCACUUGUCUAGUCAAAACACUCAAGAGCCUCUCACUAAAUUCUUGUUUUUUUUUAUUUGUUAAAAUCACUGUAAUCUUAUACAUAAUUAUCAUCUUCAGCUUAUAUUCAAGCACUGCCACUUGUAAUAUUUAUACAUAAAAAUAUAUUUAUAAUAUUUACAUGUUCUAAACUACCUACUAUUUUGUAUUACCUACCAUUGCUGUUCGUUUUAAUAAAAUUUUAAUUAAAUUUUC